GUAUGACUUGAACCAGUUGACAGAAUCAUUGGAGAGACCACAUGAGGAAAGCUUUUCAAAUAAAAGAGAAUGGUUGACAGUAUCAAAGGCUUUAGCCAGGUCAAGAAAAACAGCUGCAGUUACUAAACCCUUGUCCAUGUUAGCCAAAGUGGUGUCUGUGAAAUGUGCGAGUGCAAUCUCAGUGGAAAAUUUAGGUCUGAAACCAAACUGUGGUGGUGAAAGUAUUUCAUUGUCAAUAAGGUAG